GCAAGUUGGCACCGCAUCCGCAACCGCCAUGCGAUGUCCAAAUGGCGGGAGCCAAGUCCCGGCCGCAGAGCCAGCGGCGCGGGGUUCGCGAGCGCGGGGAUCCCUUUGCGACCACCGGGUGCUUGCGCCCGAAGCCGGUGCACCCGCUGCUGACUCUGCGGCUGCAGACCCCGAGACUCACCUCCGCCCCCUCGACUUCGCGCCCCCGCGCCAGCCUCCCCGCGCCGCCGGAGGCAGAGGUCGUGGAUCGCAGCCCUGAGACGGCGGAGGCGGCCCUGGAGUUUUUCGCAUCCCUGCCGGGGCCAGAGCGACAGCGUGCGCUGAUGCCGGAACUGCUGCGGCUGGUACAGCUGUCGCUGUACAUCCAGCCCAACUUCAGCUCGGCCAGCCUCUCGGCGCCAAUGUGCCCAACGCGGCAGGUGCUCUUCUUCGUGGGCCACCGCUGGCUUGCCUCCCGCCUCUUGCAGCUCAAGCGGAAAUCUCUGCACAUGUCAGAGGUGGUGCGCCGCUGCAUGCGCUUUGAGAACAUCCGCGUCCAGGUGCAGGCAAAUUUGAUGGAGCUGGGGGCGAAGCGCCCGGUCGUGGAGGUCUCUUCUUCCAUUUUGCGCCGGCGGCAGACUGCCAAGGAGGAGCGCGAGGAGACGCCGCCCCCGAAGCUGAAAGACCCCGCCGCGGACAAGUUCGCGCAGCAGCUCUCCGCGGGCCGAGCCGGGAAGUCCUCGCUGAUUUGGCUCUGGGCCCUGUGGAAGCACGUGCACGCGCUGCUGAUGCGGCGGCGCCGCAAGAAGGGGGAACUCCUCGAGCGCACGCUGGUGGGCGAUCUGGCGGCCCCGUUUCGGCAUUGGAUGAUCUUCGCGGUGGAGAGCAAAACGGAGAGCAAGAUGAUCACCUACACCACGUAUCUGCAGGAGCGGCAGAUGUACACGAGGACUGCCAUGGACCUGCACAACAAGAAGGAGGAUCUGGUGUUGGACAUCCAGGUGAGCGAGAACAGCUGCGUGCGCCUGGAGAAGCAGCUCGAGGCGAAGCGGCAGAACCGCGCGCAGCUGGCCCAGCGCCUGCUGGACGUGCGCCCAGACAUGGUGAAGGCCAUGCUCAGCAAAGUGCUGGACCUCACUUUGCUGGAGGUGCUGCGGAUGGGGUACUUGUUCCGAACCCUCUACCGCCUGCACUUCCUGACCCGGGACCUGGCCCCGCUGCUGUUGGCGGAGGAGGACAGCGCGUGGCGGCUCUUCGGGCUGAGCGGGGACCAGAUCUUGGCGCGCUGGGUGAACUCCCAGCUGGCCCAGUUCAAGCUCGUGGCCAACGAGGUGCUGGAGGCCAUGUCCAAGCGCUCCCAGGAUGAGGAGGCCGACAUCGAGUGGUCCGCCCGGGAGACGGAGGUCUACGGGGACCGGUGCCGCGCCCUGCGCGCCAUGAAGCCGGUGACGGCCGCAGAGCCGGACGCGGAGGCGGCGCUGGCCAUGGCCUACGGGGCCGUGUGCGCCAAGGAGGCGCUGCACCCCGUGAGCAUGUGGCCCCUGGACGCCAAGGAGGACAAGGCCUCGGCGCUGUGCGCGGCGAUUCGUCAGGUGAUCCCCACCGCGGCCAAGUUUCUGCUGCUGCCAGGCGACCUCGCGAAAAGCCAAGUCCCGGUGAUCCCCUCGGUGCUGGCCGUGGUCUUCGUGGCCAACGAGACUUUGCCCUGCGCCGCCUCUCACGGCCGCGAGGUCCUGGGGGCCGCCGCCUUCGCGGCGUCUGCGGCGGCGCAGAUGGCGCAGGCGGCGGCGCUGGAGCCCCGGAAGUCGGGGUCCAAGCACAAGGAGCUGGCGAUGGCGGUGUCGGACUUACCAGAUAUGCCGGAAGAGCACAGGGCACAGGACCUACACAGGCGUGUGGUGUCGUGGCUGGAGGACGCCGAACUGCCGUCCCAGUCCACGGAGCUGCCCACGGAGCGGGACCCGGUCCUGAAGACUAUCUUCUCCGCCAUCGAGCAGCGCGCCGGAGCCUGGGCCAUCGACACACCGCAGGACUUCACCAAGCUGCUGAAGCCCGAGGAGGGCCCAAGCGACCUGGGCCUCUUGCCGGCGCACGAGCUCCUGCUGCGCUGGGUGAACUUCCAGCUGGCCGGUGUCACGCACGGUGUGCUGCAGAACCUCGGGGAGGUGGAAGGUGCGCCCGUGGUGCUGGAGGUCUUGAACAAGGUGGCCCCCGACGUGCUGCCGCUGCAGGCGGAGGAACAGGCGGCGGUGCGGCAAGCGGCGAGCCCCGCGGCCACGGAGGCGGCCACGGAGCACCUCGUGGUGGCGCUGGCCCGGCGCUGCGUGGGCUACCCCAUCCUCACCGAGGAGGUGCUGCGGGAUGACCAGGCGGACGUGGUGGCGGCGUUCCUGGCGGAGCUCAUGGCCUGCCGCCCCAAUCUGCCCAUCGCGGAGGACUCCGAGCAGCGGAACCACAUGGACCUCCUCGCCGAGGUGGUGCUGGAGGCCGCGAAGACGGAGCAGUCUGGUCUGCAGCAACUCUGCGGUUACCUCCGGCAGACUCACGGGAGCAUCACGACGUCAUUGGAGGAGAUGCGCAAGCACCGGGAGACCUCCGAAGCCGUGAAGGACAAGUUAAGGUCCUUCGCUCUGAAGAUGCUGGUGAAGCGAUCCCAAGGGGCGCCCUGCAACAUGCUGGAGCUCGCGCAGCAGCUUCCAAAGAAUGGGCCCAGGGGAGACCUCAUCUCCAGCUCACUCACCAAGGCCACGAUCCACCGGGAGAUGACCAGGCUCAUGGCUCAGCAAGAGAACGGCCGCAUCUCCAAGGAGUUGGUCAUGAAUUCGGAGAAGUCCGCGGUGGAGGAGCUAUUGAAGAGACACAUCAGCGUCUUCAGAGAUUCGUUCCGGCACUACGCGCGCGGCAGCCGGUCUGAGCCAAAGCCUGCUGAACCGGUACCCGCGGGGAGGAAGAUGUCCAUCAGCGGAGAAGCUGCGCAAGUACUGGUCGUGAGCCAGCGAUACUUCAUGAUGAUGUACCGGGAUUGCCGACUUCACCAGCUCAGGCUGUCGCCCCUAGACAUGGAGGAGGUCUACAACGAGGUGAAGCUUCACCACAUGAUGGCAGCCCAUGAGUCGCCUCUGCUGGCGAUGGCGGAGGACUCGCAGCGCUUCGAGCAGGGCCUCUCGCUGGAGCUCUUCGUGGAGGCCCUGCUGACCUUGGCCUGCCGCGCCAAGAUCGAGGGCUUGGCGCCCACUGCCAUCCACGACAAACUGAGCCACGUGAUCGAGAAUCACAUCGUCCCCCUGGCCGGCACUAAGAGGGAGGAUUUCGUGUACCAGCUGCUGGUGGACGAGUCCUUGGAUGAGCUGUUGGAUGAGUGGUCUGCUCGGCUUCGCUCGAUCUUCACGGCCUAUGCAAGCAGCGCCCGGAAAGUGGAGCGCGACCGGCACCGCCACCGGGGCGCCUUCAUCGAGUCCACCGGCGUGCAGUCGCAGAAGCAGGCGCUUUGCAUGUCGCUGGAGUCCUUCACGGAGAUGCUGGAGCAUGCCAGGCUGUCUGCCCAGAUCAACCGAGCAAGGGUGGGCUCCAUCUUCCGUGGGCUCGUGGAGCUCCAGAAGCGUGAGCAAAAGACCGAGACCGAGCAAGAAGCAGAGCAAGAGGUGGAGGAGCCAACGAUUUCGCGCUCGAUGCAGGAGGAUCCGAACCGUGUGGCCAACUUGCUGCAGGACGACUCUGGUGCUUCCUUCCAGUACGUCAUGGCCUUCCAGGAGUUUCUGGAUGGCCUCAUUAUCCUGACCCUCUUCAAGGAGCCGAAUCCCUUUAUCAGCUUUGUGACGCGCUUCGAGCGGUUCAUCAGGAACGCCUUCGUGGAGCCGCUCUUCGAGCACGCGGGGAAUUCUCAGGAGCCGCGGUUGGUGACGCUGUAUGAAGCCUUGGAGGAUGCCUUUCAGAAGGAUGUGUCCAUCGAGGGUAUCUCCCGCAAGUUGAAGAAGGCGGAGGUCUCAGCUUAAGGUGAGAUGGCGAGUUGUACAUAGUGGGCGCUUCCCAACACCUCCCCCCCGAGGCCUCUCGUUUGGCGGUUCCCGGCCA